AUGACAAUCUCACCAUGCAAAUGGAUUGGGAUCUCAUGCAACAGCCUCGGAAGCGUGACAGAGAUAAGCUUACCCAAUGCCGGCUUGCUAGGUAAGCUAGAUAACUUGAGCUUCCCCUCAUUUCCAAAUCUCCUCCAUCUUAAUCUCAGUGGCAAUGCCAUCACUGGAAACAUCCCAGCUCAUAUCAUCUCUCUUUCAAAACUUUCCUCCCUUGAUCUCUCCAUGAAUUCUCUCUCUGGCAUUUUACCUCUUUCACUGGCUAACCUCACUAACAUUUCAGAGAUUGACAUUUCAUCAAAUGAAAUGAUAGGUGAACUAGUUCCAAGUUUCUUUACCAACUGGACCAAACUCAUCUCCCUUCAGUUCCAUAACAAUCAACUCACUGGGAAAAUUCCAUCUCAAAUCGGCCUGCUUAAAAAUCUCCAGAUCCUAAGCCUUUGGGGAAAUAAAAUCAGUGGUUCAAUUCCUCCGUCAUUAGGUGACUUGACCAGGAAUCUCAAGAAUUUGGUUGAGCUGGUGUUGUGCAAUAACAAUCUAACUGGUCCAAUCCCUCCUGCUUUAGGGAAUCUCAAGAAUUUGGUUGACUUGGAGAUGUCCAAUAACAAUCUGACUGGUCCAAUCACUCCUGUUUUAGGUAAUUUGAGAAACCUUAAAUUCUUGUACCUCUCCAACAAUCAAAUUUCUGGUUCAAUUCCUCCAGAAGUUGGGAAUUUAAUCAAACUCAACGAGCUAACCCUGUAUAAUAACCUUCUAACAGGCUCUAUCCCUGCCACUUUAGGAAAUUUGACCAGCCUUGUUAUUUUGUCCCUCUAUCGCAAUCAAUUAUCUGGUUCCUUGCCCCAAGAAAUGACAAACAUAACAAAUCUUUCUGUACUUGACCUGAGCGGCAACAACUUCUCAGGCUAUUUGCCUCAGUUAUGCCAGGGUGGAUCUCUUAAAGCAUUCACAGCUUUUGACAACCAUUUCAUUGGUGAGAUCCCGAAAAGCCUCAGAAAUUGCACUAGAUUAACUAGAGUGCGGCUCAAAGGAAACCAGCUCACUGGAAAUGUAUCAGAAGCCUUUGGUGUAUAUCCACAUCUCACAUUCAUGGAUGUUAGCAACAACAGGUUGUUUGGUGAACUCUCACCAAACUGGGGAGAAUGCCAAAACUUGAGAAUGCUACAAUUCCCUGGAAACAUGAUCACUGGUAGAAUUCCUCCCAAGAUUGGGCAAUUGACGCAGCUGGGAGUGCUUGGUCUUUCUUCAAACCAUCUGGUGGGAGAGAUUCCGAAGGAACUGGGGAGGCUGACUUCUUUGUUCAACCUAAGUUUGCAUGACAACCAGCUUUCAGGUCAGAUGCCACAAGAAAUUGGAAAACUAUCCAAUUUGGAGGUUCUUGACUUGUCAAUGAAUCACCUAAGUGGUCCUAUACCACCUCAAUUAGGGGAUUGCUCCAAACUCUGGUAUCUAAAAUUGACUGAAAAUGAUUUGAAUGGAAGCAUUCCAUUCCAAAUUGGCAAUUUGAUACACUUACAGGUUGUAUUAGACCUUAGCCAUAACUCGCUAAAUGGAGAGAUAUCACCACAACUUGGGAAAUUGCAAAUGUUGGAAUUGUUAAACCUCUCUCACAACAUGUUGUCUGGCUCGAUUCCAAAAUCUUUUGAAGGGAUGAUGAGCUUGCAAUCCAUAGAUUUUUCAUACAAUGAUUUAGGAGGCCCUAUUCCUAUCAGCAAAACCUUUCAGAAGGCUCCUGCAGAGGCAUUCAUAGAAAACAAAGGCUUAUGUGGUGAAGCGCGGGGUUUGAAACCCUGCAAUGCCCCUUCAACAAGCUAUGGUGAUGCAAGGAAAGGACACCAAGUUGUCAUCUUCAUUAUUCUUCCUCUAUUAGUGGCCUUAUUUCUUUUAUUUGUGGUCGCCUGCAUUUCUUCAAUUUAUUACCAACGAAGAAGAAAUCCGAAGCAAUUGGUUCUUGAAAGGAGCAGCGGAAAUCCAUUUUCAAUAUGGAAUUAUGAUGGGAUUCUCAUGUUUGAAGACAUCGUGGAAGCAACAGAGGGUUUUGACGACAUAUACUGCAUUGGAAUUGGAGGCUAUGGGAAAGUUUAUAAAGCAAAUCUCCAAACAGGCCAGGUAGUAGCUGUGAAGAAACUUCACCCACUCGAAGGUGGAGAUCAAUCUGAUCAAAGAAAUUUUAGAAAUGAGAUACGAGUAUUAACAGAAGUCCGUCAUCGCAACAUUGUGAAGCUUUAUGGCUUUUGUUCCCAUGCUCGAUGUUCAUUUCUAGUCUAUGAGUACAUGGAAAGGGGAAGCUUGGCAAGCAUCCUAAGCAACGACGAAGGAGCAAUACAGUUGGAUUGGACUAUUAGGGUGAAGGUUAUUAAAGGUGUGGCUCAUGCUUUGUCAUACAUGCACCAUGAUUGCACCCCGCCGAUUGUCCAUCGAGACCUAUCAAGCAAUAAUGUUCUGUUGAAUUCGGAACUUGAUGCUAGUGUCUCUGACUUCGGCAUUGCACGAUUGCUGGUCCCUGAUUCAUCCAAUUGGACUAUGCUUGCAGGAACUUACGGAUACAUUGCUCCAGAGCUUGCAUAUACCAUGAGGGUGACUGAAAAAUGCGAUGUAUACAGCUUUGGAGUUGUGGCACUUGAAGUGAUGAUGGGAAGGCAUCCCGGGGAGCUCAUCUCCUCUUUAAUGUCACCUAAUAGACAACACAAACUGCUGAAGGAUACAUUGGACCAACGUCUCUUGGCUCCGAUGGUUGAGGUUGAACAGGAAGUUGUAUUUAUGGUGUCCAUGGCACUUGCUUGCAUUCGGUCAAAUCCAGACUCUCGGCCAACCAUGCAUCACGUGGCUCAGGAGCUAUCUGUUGGUGGGCCUUCUUUCUCUCUGGAACCAUUCAAUGCACUUACAUUAUGUCAACUGAUGGAUCUGAAGGUAUAA